CCCGACAAUGUAAAGUCUGGCGUGUUUUUCAUUUCUAUGAUAAUACUAACAUAUAUAAAACUUUUUUUUUAUAUACACGCCUAGUACUUAAAUCCCGAAAUAUAGAGACAAAUUAAAAUUUUUCUUUUUCUGUUUCUGCAUGUAAAAUUUGAAGUGUCUUUCUUUCUCACUCACUCUUUUUUUUUCUACAUACACAACAACAAGCCGAUAAAUGUUGAAUUGCCUGCUUAAACAAAGUUCGAACCGGAUUGAUGCAAUAAUCAAACCAUUAGUAUUUAAAAGAAAUUUUACGAUACAAAAUUCUCAUUUGUUUCUAUGUUGUCGACAAAUCCUUAAUAUUAGACCAAUAAUUCAAUUGAAUAACAAUCAAAAAUUUGCUAUCCAUACUACUACAUCAUCGUUAAUAAUGCAGAAAAACAAGGCUACACUUAUUGGCGUGUUUGAAAACAGCAACAAUAAAGAUGCUUUCGUAUUUACACCAAGCGCCGAAAAGGUCAAUUCAUCGAUUGGUGGAAUCAUUGAAAAACAAUUAAAUAUUGUUGGACCAGUGAAAAAAUGCAAAGUUCGUAUCCUCUAUGAUGUCAGUCCCGAAUUACCUAUCGUUGGUGUUGUUGGUCUUGGCCCAGAAAAUGCUGCUUACAAUGAAUUGGAAGAAUUGGAUGAAAAAGCUGAAAAUAUUCGUUCAGCUAUAGCUACUGGUGUACGAUCAUUACGUGAUCUUGGAUCCGUUGAAGAAAUUAACGUUGAUGGUUGCUUGAAUCCAAAAGCAGCAUCUGAAGGUGCUAAUCUUGGUCUUUAUUAUUUCGAUGAAUUGAAAGCAGCUGCAUUGAAAAAAUCACAAGUUAAACUUCAUUUACUAUCAAAUGAAAUUUCCGAUGAAAGUCAAUGGGAUUCCGGUGUUUUGUUAUCGAAUGGUCAGAAUCUUUGCCGUAACUUGAUGGAAAAUCCUGCAAAUAUAAUGACACCGACCAAAUUUGCGAAAAUUGCAAGCGAUACUUUGUCCAAAUUAGGUGUUACCGUACAUGUUCGAGAUAAAGCAUGGGCUGAAUCGAUGAAAAUGGGUUCAUUUUUGAGUGUUGCAAAAGGCUCAGAUGAACCACCAAUUUUCCUUGAAGUUCAUUAUAAUAACGCACCUGAUACAAAACCCCUUGUUUUUGUAGGCAAAGGUAUCACUUUCGAUAGUGGUGGAAUAUCAUUGAAAUCAUCAUCCAAUAUGGAUAAAAUGCGUGCUGAUAUGGGUGGUGCUGCUAAUGUUUUAAGUACCAUAUAUACAUUGGCCAGCAAGAAAUCACCGGUCAACAUUAUCGGACUGAUGCCAUUAUGUGAAAAUUUGCCAAGCGGACGAGCCAACAAACCUGGUGAUGUUGUCACUGCAAUGAAUGGUAAAACUAUUCAGGUUGAUAAUACCGAUGCUGAAGGACGUUUGAUUUUGGCCGAUGGUCUUUGUUACGCACAUCAAUUCAAACCAUUCUUAAUCAUGGAUAUUGCAACAUUGACCGGUGCCAUUAGUGUUGCAUUAGGUUCAUCAGCUACCGGUGUGUUUUCCACAUCAAACAAAUAUUGGACAAUGUUACAAAAAUGUGGUGUAGAAACUGGUGAUCGUAUGUGGCGUAUGCCAUUAUUCAAUCAUUUUACCAAACAGACAACCGACAGUCAAUUGGCCGAUCUUUGUAAUAUUGGCAAAUAUGCUGGACAAGGUGGUAGUUGUAUUGCUGCCGCUUUUCUUCGUGAAUUUGUUACCUGUAAUUCUUGGGUACAUUUCGAUAUUGCUGGUGUAAUGGAUAACAAAGAUGAGGUAGCUUACUUGUCCAAAGGAAUGUCUGGCCGACCAUUACGUACAUUGGUCAAAUUUAUUGAAGAAAUUUUUGAAAACAAAGCAUUUUGAGUAUAAUAAUAAAUUUGAUCAUUUAAUUUUAAUAAAAAAUGAUUAUUGAAUACAAUCAUAUCUAUUUACAUA